CCAUUUCUAGCUCAGCAGACCACAGAAGCACUAAGGGACAACUUUGUCUGGGCAUUGCAGCUCUUCUGGUUCUCUUAUCACUUCCACUGUGGCUGUCAUCUGAGCGAAGGAAAUCGGGAAUAGAAGAAACUGUUCUGUUAAUAGCUGGCCUGUGGACUGAUCGGAUGGAUAGAGGAAUGGACAACUGAGAAAAAUGACUCAAACACAUUCUGCAAAAUCUUUUUCAGACAUACAACAAGGAGGACAUCACCUCACAGUUCUUGUGAUUUGCUUCAGAGCACACAGUGUGAACUUUGUUUUGGGAUGUUCUAACUAGGCUGCCAAGUGAACAUUUCCCUUUGGCAGACCUCUCUCUCUAGUGUUUUCUUGCCUUGCCCUGCACAGUCCCCCACAUACAAGUUCAUCAUGCUAGUGCUGAGCUUCGGUUAAAGGAGCUUAAUGUGGAUUGCCCCGCGAUGGAAUGUAGUACGUCGGCUGUACAAGUUCAGGAGACUUUCCAACUGAGGAGACCUUCACAGUUUUGGAGUUGUCUCUCAAUCUCGAACCCUGUUCUCCAGCAAAAGAGUCUCAGACGAUUAGGCUGAACUUGUCUUUUUGUGGAUUUUCUCUUAGAACUCAAUAUGCGUCGUUUUGACAAGCUCAAAAAAUCAUUUCCGUUUCUUGCUCAUUUUCAUGUGUACAGAAAGUUGGGCAGCAGUAUGCAGUGUGAAGAGGGCACUGAGUGGCUGCUGGAGCUGCUGAUGGAAGUGCAACUGCAGCAGUAUUUCCUGCGCAUCCGUGAUGAGCUCAACGUUACACGUCUCUCACACUUUGACUAUGUGAAGAAUGAGGACCUGGAGAAGAUUGGUUUGGGCCGGCCCGGGCAAAGACGGCUGUGGGAGGCGGUGAAGAGGAGAAAAACCAUGUGCAAGCGCAAGUCAUGGAUGAGCAAGGUGUUCAGUGGCAAGAGACCAGAAGGAGACUUCAAUCCCCAGCCGGCCAGUACGUUCCGAAAACUCACCGCCACACCUCCUCCAGUGGAUGGCCAGCAGCAGGCCCUCACCUGUCUCAUCAGUGAGAAAGACCUGGCCCUCUUUGAGAAACUGGGCGAUGGCUCCUUCGGCGUUGUCAAGCGCGGAGAGUGGUUCACGCCAAAUGGAAAAGUGCUCAAUGUGGCAGUGAAGUGUCUGAAGACGGACGUGCUCAACCAACCAGAUGCUCUGGAUGACUUCAUCUGUGAGGUCAAUGCCAUGCACUCUCUUGACCACCAGAACCUCAUUCGUCUCUAUGGAGUCGUCCUCACACACCCCAUGAAGAUGGUGACUGAGCUUGCACCUCUCGGCUCCAUGCUGGAUCGCUUGCGAAAGACCCUGGGCCAUUUCCUCAUUUCCACUUUGUGUCAGUACACCAUCCAGAUAUCUAAUGGCAUGGCCUACCUAGAGUCCAAGCGCUUUGUCCACCGAGACUUGGCCGCCAGAAACAUCCUCCUGGCUUCCAGUGAGCAGGUCAAAAUCGGUGACUUCGGACUGAUGAGGGCGCUGCCUAAGAAUGAUGACCAUUAUGUCAUGCAAGAGCAUCGCAAAGUCCCAUUUGCCUGGUGUGCCCCAGAGAGCUUGAAGACACGCACGUUUUCUCACGCAACAGACACAUGGAUGUUUGGUGUGACACUGUGGGAAAUGUUUACCUAUGGUCAGGAGCCAUGGCUGGGUCUAAAUGGUAGUCAGAUCCUCCACAAAAUAGAUAAAGAGGGUGACAGACUGCCUAAGCCUGAGGACUGUCCUCAGGACAUCUAUAAUGUCAUGAUGCAGUGCUGGGCUCAGAAACCAGAUGACAGGCCCACCUUUGUGGCUCUAAGGGAAUUUCUAGUGGAGACCAUGCCUACAGACAUGAGGGCCCUGCAAGACUUUGAUGAACCUGACAAGCUUCAAAUCCAGAUGAAUGAUGUCAUAACCAUCAUAGAGGGCAGAUUCAUGAAGAACAGCUUUAUUCACACGGGCCAUGGAGACACUAACCCUCACUGCUGCUGGGGCUUUCCUGACAGGAUCGAUGAUCUUUAUCUUGGGAAUCCCAUGGAUCCUCCAGAUGUGCUGGGGCUGGAGCUGAACUCUGCCAGACCAACUCAACUCCCUGGACGUGCUAAGAAGGAGCCUCCCCCUCGGCCCCCUCAGCCACCUUUGCUGGUUAAGAAACCCUCCUACGAUGCUGUUGCUGAGGACGAGGACCAAACUUCAUCAGGCCUUCGGCAGCUCUCUUUGAAGAAGAAGGGCAUUAAGCUCAAACCAGCUGCCUGGGUCUGUGCUACCAAAUUAGGUGAUCGCUCCACAUACAGUGUGCGGACUCCAGGGGGCAGCACUCCCACAGAAGUCUCUCUCAUAGACUUUGGAGAAGAGUUUCCAACGGCCACACCUUCACCCUCUCCUGUGGUGGAGCUUCAGAUCCCAACCCUGGCUAAACUGGCACUUGAAGCAGAGAACAUUUUAGACAGAACUCCUCCACAGAGCCCCUCACGCUCUCUACCCCGCCCCCUUCACCCUACCCCAGUGGUGGACUGGGAUGCCCGGCCCCUCCCUCCACCCCCAGCCUAUGAUGAUGUAGCACAAGAUGAGGAUGACUUUGAAGUGAGCUCCAUUAACAGUGCAGAACGAGGAGCUGAUGAACUAUGCUCUCCACGUAUGUCCUGCACUCCCACUGGAGAGUGUAAGCCUCAUGUAGAAGACAAUUUAUUUUUGCCCUGCAGGCAGAGCAAUGCCAGCACCUUCUCGCAGUCUGCUGAGAUCUUCCAAGAGCUGCAGCAGGAGUGUAUGAGGCACCUCAAUGUACCUGUGAGCUCUACCAGCCCCGGUCUGGAGCCACACCGCCAGAUAGUCCUAACUUUUUCUGAGGACAAACCACAGAUACCACCACGUAUCCCCAUACCACCCCGUCCAGUCAAACGUGCAGGUGGCGAUUAUGCUCGCUGGUCUGGUGAGCUGUCUCCAAUCUCUGGAAAUGAGGAUGAUAAGGAGCGUCCACCCCAGAUUCCCCCUCGAGAUCCCCUCUCUCAGCCAGGCUCUCGCACGCCAAGUCCGCACGUGGGCUCCCCUCAGACUCGCAGCAGCCUCUGCUCAGGUUCCUCCAUCUAUGGCCCAUCCUACCUCUCCACUUCACCUGCUAAACUAAUGCCAACCACUCAGAGCUUUGCCUCCGAUCCCAAAUAUGCUGCUCCCAAGGUCAUCCAGGCACAGGGCAAAGAUAAGGAGCCAGCCAAAGGGCCCUGCAUUCUGCCUAUCGUACGUGAUGGCAAGAAGGUCAGCAACACGCACUACUACCUCCUGCCUGAGAGGCCUCCAUAUCUGGACCGCUACGAUAAGUUCUUCAAAGAGGCAGAGAGUGGUGAGGAAAAGAAGCAGGUAAACACAGCCACUGUCAAGCCCAUGGUUCAUCAACAAGGGGAUCUCAAGUCCAAUUUCUCCUCCAAUAACAGCAGCAGUCUGACGGGCUCUGGAUUUAGAGGGGGGCUGAAGAACUCUCUCAGCCUGUGCCGAGUAAGCUCUGAUGGCUCAUUUAACAGGGCUGACAGCACCAGCAACCAUGACAAAGUCAAACUGGUGCAGGAGGCUGUCCAUGGAGUAACGAUUGAAGAAUGUCAGACGGCUUUACAGAAUCACAGCUGGAAUGUACAGAAGGCUGUACACUACUUGAAGGUGGAGCAGCUCUUCUGUCUGGGCCUGAAGACAAGGGUGGAGUGUCAUAAGAUUCUGGAGAUGUGUGACUGGAAUUUGGAGUUAGCCAGCACACAACUGUUAGAUUCCUAUGGCUCAGUUAAGCUGAGACUAUGAUGCAUUGGAAAAGCCCCAUGCCCUAAAAGAAUGUUGAGAGCACCGAGGGGACACUGAGGGCCAACCAGGACUCUAUCCUAGCACAUUUUACCUCCAGAUCUGACUUGUGUGUGUGUUUGUUUGUGUGUGUGUGUGUGUGUGUGUG